ACACACAAAGCAACACAUCCACAUACAGUACAUGGGAUUCCAUUGUGGACUCAGCCCAGGGCAAGUGAAGGAGGGAAAGACCCAGGCAGGGUGAGCGAGCGAGCGAGAGACAGAUAGAGAGAGAGAGAGACUACAAAAGUGAGAGUCACCCCCAACGUCCCCUCUCACGCACCCGCAAAGUGCGUCCGGACUGCAAGCAACUUGCUGACUUUCUCUCUGGUUUUUUUUUCGGGGUCAAAAGUCAUCCAGAACUUUUGGAGCGCUUUCCUUGGAUUCCGUGACCCGUCGGUACUUCCCGCAGGCGCAGCCAGAAAGACUGGGCUUCAUCAUCCCGCCUUGCUCAAGGGCGUUUGCUCGGACCGGCCCCACCGUGCCGCUCGUCGGCCCAAGCGCAAGUUUCUCAGCUUCGAGCCCGCAGGCGACAUCGCGCCAUCAACGAGAUCGUCAGGCAAGAACGUGACUUUGGCCGAGUGGUAGCCGGCAUCCAAAGAGCCAGUGAGGAAAUCAAUGGCAGACUGGAGUCUGCUGGGAAACUUCCUGGAGGAAGUACAGGAACACUCCACCUCCAUUGGCAAGGUGUGGUUGACCAUCCUGUUCAUCUUCCGCAUCCUGGUCCUCGGGACGGCGGCCGAGUCGUCUUGGGGUGACGAGCAGGAGGACUUCAACUGCGACACGGAGCAGCCCGGCUGCGAGAACGUUUGCUACGACAAGGCCUUCCCCAUCGCGCACAUACGAUACUGGGUGCUGCAGAUCGUGUUCGUUUCCACGCCCAGCCUGGUGUACAUGGGCCACGCCAUGCACACGGUGCGGCGGGAGGAGAAGCGGCGCAACCGAGAGGAGGAGGAGGAUGACGACGACGACCCGGGAGGGGGCGACGACGAUGAGGAGCAAGGCGGCAAGGAUGACAAGGAAUCGGCCAAGGGAAAGAAAGCGAGACCGUCGGCGGGCAGGGUGCGCCUGAAGGGGGCGCUGCUGCAGACCUACGUGCUGAGUAUCCUCAUCAGGAGCAUCAUGGAGGUGGUGUUUCUCUGCCUCCAGUACUUCCUGUAUGGAAUAUUCCUGAACCCUCUUUAUGUGUGCAAGGCUUGGCCGUGUCCGCACCUGGUCAACUGUUACGUUUCACGGCCCACCGAGAAGAACGUCUUCAUCGUGUUCAUGUUGGCCGUGUCGGGCGUGUCCCUGGUGCUCAGCGUGCUGGAGCUCCACCACCUGGCCUGGAGGCAUUGCUGCAGGCGCUUUUUGGUGUCCAGGAAACUGGCGGCCGCCACCGAGACAUCUCAACCCAAACAAGUCCACAUGUCUCCGCCUCCGCCGCGGCCGUCCACCCCGCCUCCCGAAUUCAGCCAAUGCGUGAUGGGCUCCUCUCACUUCCUGGCGCUGCCCUUCCCCAACCACCGGCUGGCCCACCAGCAGAACUCGGUCAACAUGGCGGCCGAGCAGCACAAGAUGACGGCGGGCGCAGGCGGCGACGAGGGCCUACUGCCGAUGAGCUGUUACUCGGUCGGCUGGCGCGGCGCCGCCGACGUGGCCGCCUGCUACGACGCCGCCGACUGCCUGCGGAUCCAAAAUCCCGGCGGCGCCGAGCGUCUGCUGCUGUGCGCCACCGAUGCCGUCGCUUGCCCCAAGGACAAACGACGACUGAGCAAAACCAGCGGCGGCAGCGGGCGAACGCGAGCCGAUGACCUCGCCAUCUGACAACGAAGGCCCGCUCGGCUGCCGGCUCCAACUUGUGACGCGCGCAGUCGACACUGCGGUCCUUCAUCUUGAAGCCUCCGAGGAGCGUUCCGCUCUUUACACCUGACCCCCUGGUAAUAAAACCAACUGAAAGCAUAAUGGUGGGACUCGGGCUAAACGGUCCAAUUUUAACUUUUCAAAGACAAACAAGAAGGGCUGCGGGCAGGCCACCAAAAUAAAAGGUCAUCGAGAAGGCCGUGUAUUUGGCUCCGCCACUGAACAGCAACUAGAGCACUUCACAAUCAAUAUCUAUCU